AUGUACGUGAGCUACCUGCUGGACAAAGAGGGCCCCUCCAUGUACCCCGGCCCGGUGCGCCACACGGGGGGGCUCAACCUGGCGGCGGCGGCGGCGGCGGCGGCGCAGAACUUCGUGGGCGCCCCGCAGUACCCGGACUACGGCACCUACCAUGUGCCCGCCGGGAUCGGGCUGGACAACGCGCAGUCGCCUGGGUCGCCCUGGCCGGGCGCCUACGGCGCGCCCCUUCGCGAAGACUGGAACGGCUACGGGCAGGCGGGCGUGCCGGGGGCGGCGGCGGCCAACGCCAUGCACGGACCGGCCGCGGCAGGCUUGGCCUACAGCCCCGCGGGAGACUACCACCCGCACCCGCACCCGCACCACCUUCCCCACCACCCUGCGCAAGGACCUCCGGCGGCCCCCUGCGGCGUCCCGCCUUCCGGGGGGCUGAUGCAGUCUCUCAACCCGCCUCCCGGUUCGGAGCAGCUUUCCCCUGGCGGCCAGAGGCGGAACAUCUGCGAAUGGAUGAGGAAACCCGCGGCGGGGGGACCUGUGAAAACACGGACGAAAGACAAGUACCGUGUGGUCUACACGGAUCACCAGCGGCUGGAAUUGGAGAAGGAGUUUCAUUACAGCCGUUACAUUACCAUCCGGAGGAAAGCGGAGCUGGCAGCCACUUUGGGUUUAUCGGAGAGACAGGUAAAAAUCUGGUUUCAGAACAGACGGGCCAAGGAAAGGAAGAUCAACAAGAAGAAAUCGCAACAGUCUCAGCGCCGCCGCGGUGCGGCGCGCAUCCCUCGCCAGAGCCCAGGCGAGCGUCCCCGGGGCGCAGCGGUUCCCGGGCCGCCGGGCAGGAGAAGAGCUCCAGAGCAGCGCUCUGCGGGGAGGCUCGCGGGACAGAGAACUUGA